AUGGGUGUUGCAAUUGGUGACUAUGAGGAUAAUAUCUAUAAUACUGGUGCCGAUGAUUCCCAGACACCGCCGCCACGACUGCCAGGUUUUAUGAAAGAUUUACUAGACUUUCAUUUUGAUAAUCCGUUUCCCGUAAACAUCCCGAGCUUUGGUACUCCACAGAUGCUAAUGGAGUUGUUUCUAAUGAUAUUCAAUUCAGAUCAGUUCAAAACAAUACUUACCAUAAUACUACAGUCAGCAAACAGUCAAUAUUUAUGGGAUCGCCUCCCGUUUGUGGGCGCCUGUGAUCGCAUAGCUUCGACAGGAGUUAUGAACUGUUAUCAAAACUUUUUACCGACUCGUGUAUUGAGAAGCAGCGGACCGGGAGGUGGACUCUGUUGUAACUAUAAUAAAUAUAAAGCUUGCUAUACGGGAUUAUAUGAUGGUUUGCGUGUGGCUAUGGAAAGGGAAAGGUGUCCCAAAUCAUACUCUACCCGUAUUAUCAUGAAAUUUGGUGCCUCAUUAGGUUGGCCAGUUAGCAUGAUAUGCGAAACUGGUGAUAAUAGAUCAUCACAGUGUCCAUCAUUGAGAAAAUUAACUUAA